AUGUGGCAACUGAAACAGCUUGGGGUGGAGGUGAAGCCCGAAGCUUCAAGAAAAGCUCAAAAACGAAAGUGUCAGGAUAGCAGUGGGAAAGAGACAGAUUCUGAAGGUUUGGGACAAAGUCCAAAAACCAAAUGCAAGGAUGGAACAGAAAUACUAUUUAAAGAACCUGGAAAGGCUUGGAAGAAGACCCCUCAGAAGCAACAAGACCUCGAGCUUGAGAAACACCAGCCAGGCAAGGGUCAGGUACAGAAACCCCAGAAAGAGAGUCCAAGACAACAAAAACACAUAGAGGGUACCAAAGGGCCUCCAGAGCAGGCUGUACCUGAGGGGAAGCCUGCUGAUGCUCGCAAGGGUCGCAAGCGCCCCUAUUCCACCAUAGAGGAAAAGGAACAAAGCCCCCCAAAGCACGGAACAAAGCACGGAAGGUUGUCACAGAAGAGAGAUCCAGAGAGAGGGGGGAGGUGUUCAGAGGAGACAUCCAUUACACAAAAGAAAGAUGGUGUAAACCAUGGGGGAAGAGGGGGGAACAGCUGGGAGCCUGACUAACCGGGCACACCAGCUCUAACCAUCAUGGAUAGUGGCAGAGGUGACAGGUUACUCCCCAACAAGAUGGCAGUACUUGCAGCAGAGGAAAAGCCUCUCACAAACCUAGAAAAGGGCAGAGAAGUGGAUCAAAAUUUUCAUGUUACAGAGGACAUGGAAAAGGAAAUUAGGAGUGCCCUGGGUCCAGGACCCCAAGAGGAAAUCCUAAGUAGGGGAUUCAAAUUGCAAAUCACCCGAAGCGAUAUCCAGACCCUCAAGAACGGUCAGUGGCUCAAUGAUGAGAUCAUCAAUUUUUAUAUGAACCUUCUGGUUGAGAGAAACGAACACCAAGGCUACCCCGCUCUUCAUGUGUUUAGCACUUUCUUUUACCCCAAGCUAACGCAGAGCGGUUACUCUUCUGUCAAAAGAUGGACUGGAACAAUUAAUCUCUUUGACAAAGAAAUGAUCCUGGUGCCUAUUCACCAGAGGGUACAUUGGAGCCUGGUGGUGAUCGAUUUGAGAAAACGAAGUAUCGUAUACCUGGAUUCCUUGGGACAGAAAGGGAAAACUAUCUGUGAGACCAUCUUCCAGUAUUUACAAAACGAGAGCAAGACUCGAAGGAACAUCGAGCUGGACCCUCUGGAGUGGAAACUAUACAGCAUGUCCGCAGAGGAGAUUCCUCAGCAACUGAAUGGGAGUGACUGUGGCAUGUUUGUCUGUAAAUAUGCAGAUUAUAUCGCUAGAGACCAACCUGUCACCUUCUCUCAGCAGCACAUGCCCAUCUUCAGGAAGAGGAUGGUAUGGGAAAUCCUGCACAGUCACUUACUGUAACAACACCCACCUGACUGCUGUGGUCACCAGUGGUCCCUGUACUUUUCUACCGUCCUAACUUGGGAUAUCCGACUGCUGCCCUAAUGCCACCUCUAGGAUGCAUGCAACGACUGCAGGCUUAGACACUGCUGCUGUCCAACCCACAGGAGACCAUGAGCAAUACUGUGCAAUACUGUUGGAUUUUUUAAUUGCUGUUUUUUUGUUUUAUUUUGUCUUAUUUUGUUGUGUUGUGUUUUUUAUUUGUGUUUGUUUUUUGUUUGGGUUUUAUUUUUUGAUUUUUGUUUUCUAGUUUGUGUUUUGUUUUUGUUGUUUUUUCUUUAUUUUGUUUUUAGUUAUUGCUUUUUGUUUGUUUUUUUGUUUUGUUUGGGUUUUGUUUUUUGUUGUCUUGUUUUUGGUUUCUGUUAUUGCUGUUUGUGUUUGUUUUUUGUUUGUAUUUUUUCCCAUGAGACUCGUAGGGAGUCACACAGGAUUCGAACUGAGGAACACAGACACGGUCUGCCAGUAGAGGGCGGGUGCCAAAGCCAUGUGCCACUGCAGGCUCCCGGUGUUUUUUUUUUUGUUGUUGUUUGUUUUUUUGUUUUGUUUUGUUUUAAUUUUUUUUUAAAUUUUAUUCCCAUGAGACUCGUAGGGAGUCACACGGGAUUCGACUCGGGAAUGUGGACAGGGUCCACAACCAGAGGGCAGGUGACAAAGCUCCACCUGGGCUCACUGUUUGUAUUUUUGUUUGUUGAUUUUGUUUGGGUUUGAGGUUUUAUUUUUCGUUUCUUUUUUGUUGUUUUUGUUUGUUGGUUUUUUGUUUAUUUGUUGUUUUGUUUGGGUUUUGGGUUUUGUCUUUUGUUUGUUGUAGUUUUGGGUUUGGUUUUGGUUUUAUUCUAAGUUGUUCUGUUUGUGUUUCUGGUUUUGUUUUGGGUUGUUUUUUGUUUUUAUGUUUGUGUUUUGGUUUUGCUCUUUCUUAUUUUUUUAUUUGUGUUUUUGGUCCUGUUCUUGUGUUUUGUUGUUGUUUUGUAUGUUUUUUCUGUUUUUGUUUUGUUUUGUUUUUGUCUUCCUGACCCCACCACAGUGAUUAUUUUUCUUGACUCACUGCAAACCUUGACCAUUAUCAUUUUUCAAUCCUCUUGCCCUUGUUCGAACUGUCUAUUUUCCAAAGGAAUGUCCAUCCCAGUGCCAUUCCCUGCUGACGAUGAGGAGGGACAUCAGCAGGAAGAGGCAGAAGCUGUUCACUGGCAUCUACAAUGAUGGAGUUGGAUGCUCUUCAGUUAAAGCUGGGGGUAGUAGUGGUGUUUUUUUGUUUGUUUUUUUAUUCUUGAAAAUAGUAUAUGAAAUGAAAAUGAGUUGUACAGAUCGGUGCUGUUCUGAUCCACCGUACUCUACUGGACUUGUACAGGAUGUAGACCUGCAGCCAAACUACUGACUGGACUCCAGGACUAUUAAGAAAAGCACCACGGUCAUUAAAGACUCAUUCUUUCCCAGACCUGCCUUAGUUUUGGAAGUUGAUUUGAAGUAACUACAAUGGCAAAUGUCCGUUCUUAUCUCAGGUCUCACUGAAUACAAACCCCAUCUAGGGCUGUAUUGAAUUUUUCUUUUCAAAAGUUCUAUUCAAUUUAAAUUUUUAUUCUUAAAAAAUAUUGGUAUCUAUUAAGAUGAAAUUGAGAUUUUUUUUCUCAUGAGAUUAACAUUCCCACUGUGGAAGUUGGGGAUUUGGUAUUUAGGGUUGAUACCGACAGUUAUAAAAUAACCUAUUUUACAUGUGAUAGUUUGUAUUUAACUUUCUAUUCAUUACUUAUGGUUGUGUUUAUGCAAUUUUUACUCAAUAAAGUUUAAAGUUAUUUAAAUAUUUCAUAAGUUCUGGA